CGACGCAAAACCUUUCCCCGACAUUGAGGAAAUUCGAGUUGCCCAUCAAAACUUUUGCCCCCCCGCCAGGAGAGCGCUUUUGUCUCACAUCACGUGACCUUCCCUGCCUUGUCCUACCCUGUCACAACAACAUGAGUCCUUACUUGUCCUCACACCCCGCUGAGGACCACGAUGCAAAGCCAAAUGACUUAAGAGAGAAUUUCCCCUUCAUUGAAGAGGACCCGCUCACCGUCCCGUCGUCGGAAGAUCCCUUCACCAUCACCACCGCAACGGGCUUCCUCCCUCUGAGGACGCCGUUAAUAAAUCUGCCCGCUCCAUUCCUGCCACUGACCAAGCUCGCCGACGAACUUCCCGUCAAGAAGCUCGACGGUUCGCCUGGUUUGUUGGCCACCUUCCAACUCGGCCCUGUCAUCGACAAAGGCGAGGCGUUGCCAGACCUCGUCGACGAGAUCGACAGCCUUGUCACCGCUGAUGGCAAGCCGGACCUCGACGCCGUCACGGCGGUCUUCCGAGAGUAUGCCUUCAUCGCGUCCUCCUACCUUCUUGAGCCUUGCUGGGAGAGGUGGUGCCAAGGUUUGGAAGGAUACGGCUUGGGUCGUCCUGUCUUGCCCAAGGUUGUCGCUGGCCCGCUCGUGAAGACGGCGAAAAUGUUGGAUAUCCAUCCCUUCAUGGCCUACGCCGCUGCCUACACCUUGUACAACUACCGCUUCGAGAACAACUCGAUUGGUCUGGAUGAGUACAAGAACCUUCGAUUGAUCCGAGCCUUCCAGCAUGGUCUCGACCCAUCCUCAUCUGAAGCCGGAUUCGUCUUGACGCAUCUCGACAUGGUCAAGCACACCGGAGGCUUGAUCAAGGGCACGACCGACAUCCUCAACGGUAUCAGCACCGGCUCGGACCGUGACCACGUCGUCGCCGGCUUGGAAACGAUGUUGCAGUCCAUGCGUUUGAUCGAGGCGUCCAUGGAAACCAUGUGGGAGAACUCCAGACCCAAGGAUUACAACACCUACCGCACAUUCAUCUUCGGCAUCAAGAACCAAUCCAUGUUCCCCGACGGAGUGAUCUACGAGGGUCAACUCGACGGUCGGCCCCAGUACUUCCGUGGCGAGUCGGGCGCGAAUGACAGCAUCAUCCCUCUGAUCGACAGCCUGUUGCAAAUCCCCAUGCCCGCGAACCCCCUCACGGAGAUCUUGAAGGACUUCCGCAGCUACCGACCAAAGCCACAUCGCGACUUCCUGGCCUACGUGCGCUCCCGGGCCGAGGCGCUCGGUGUGCGCGACUACUUCUGCGGAAACGUGGACACCGCGGUGCUGUACCUGCGCCUGCUGGACCACGUCCGCAGCUUCCGAUGGCGCCACUGGCUGUUUGCCCGCGAGUACAUCAUCAAGCUCAGCAAGCACCCCACAGCCACUGGCGGCAGCCCGAUUGUGACUUGGCUGCCGAACCAGCUGUUGGCCGUAAUGGACCUGAUGGCGCAUGUCUGGGGUGAAAUUGGGCCGGAGGACCGCGCGAAGCAGCCCAAGUUUGUGAUUGAGAUGAUGGAGAAUGCGGCGGACCAGCGGACCAAGCUGGACAAGGAGGUGGCCAAGUAUUGCCAGGAGAGGCAAGUGCCUAAUGAGCGACUCAUCUCGACUUAGAUAGAUGCGCGGUGUUGGUGGUGUGGUGUCUGCAAGGUACAAUAGAUCUUGAGCGCGGAGUUUCUUGGAACGAAUGCAUCCGCAUC